AUGAUAGAGAAGAGACAUAUAUUUGAACAAGAAUUGGACAAAGAUGUAAAGGUAUGUACUGUACAGUUUUAGAGGUUUGCAAUAUGUUUAACCUGUAAUGCACCUGAAACUGGUAUACUCAUGUGUUGAGAAAUUGUAAUGGGCAGAAGGUGGACCAAUCUACAACACUAUAUAUUUACAAAAUUAUUAAACAAUCUAUGAAAUUAUCUCUAAGCUAUUAGUACGUAUACGGCAUUGAAAUAUCAACCGUUACAAAUUUACAAAUUUAUUAAACUUGAUAUUAUGAAUGUCUGAUAUUAUGAUACUUGAUAUUAUGAAUGAAUCUCUAAAUCUAUUGGUACGGUAUUUUGGAAUAUUAAAAAGUUUAUUAUUCCUAAAAUUAUAUUUGGAUGUCACUUUAAGUGGCAGUAACUUACGAAGUUUGUGUUCUUCAUCGUUUAAAAUUGGAACGAAGAGUUUAUUACAUAGAUCACCCCAUCGCGCGUAUAAAGUCUUUAGUCCUAACAUGCACAUGCAUGUCUAGAGCGUCCUCAUUGGAUAGUUCAGGGUAAAUAAUACGUAGCGGUCUUUUUUAAUCCUUUCGAUUACAUCUGAAUCUUUUUUAAUCCUUUCGAUUACAUGCAUAUUCAAGUAUCGACCAAGUAUCGAAUAAUGGCGAGCAAGUGACAAUGGAAGACUAACGCCCGUAUUCUAUAAGCUCACUCACACUCAAUGAGUGGAGGUUCAAUCUGAGCUUCUCUUGAGUGUCAUUGCUGUUUAUGAAUAGCUGGAGGGUUAGUGUCGUACCUUACUAUGUGACUACUCACUCUCCAGCUAUUCAAAAACAGCAUUGACACUCAAGAGAAGCUCAGAUUGAACCUCCACUCAUUGAGUGUGAGUGAGUUUUUAGAAUACGGGCGUUAGAACGACACAACACUAAUAAAUCUAAGACAAUUUAUAUAAUGUUCACAAAUAAGAAAUUGUGAUAUGAAAUUAUUGCUGUGGUUGAGCAUGUGUUAUUGACUAUAUCCCACUUGCCAUUUUCAUGUAGCGUUUUGUGGUCGAAGUGAUUCAGUUCCGUAACAGUUUUGAUUCUCAAGGCCCUGGAGUACCUGGCGUUCUUCCAGCAGAUGCCGUGGAAAGAUUACAUAAUUUUCAAAAUGCAUACUCUGAAUAUGAAGCGAAGAGGAAGAUACUUGAUGCAGUGCAGUUGUUGUUUGGUGUCACACCCACACAUUACCCUGAGCUCGACAGAACUGGUGAGGUAAGUCUAUACAGGAUGUAUAAAAAAAAACUGCACAGUUCUGAAACGACCACUAAACUGAAAAUUACGAAAAAUUUGUCACAACUUUAUGUUAUAGCAUGAGUAAUUUGGGCCAGGGUGCUUGAAUACAUAAGGGGCGGACGAUUCGAAAAGUGAUGAGGGUGUGGGAGGUUUUUAACUUGUACGAAUAUUUUUUUUAAUUUUUCACUUGUGUCAUAAUUUUUUUUAACAUAUAAUCUCUUCCACGAAUUUGUUUUUUUAACUUAUAAUUUUCCCAAUUGAAAAGUCUCUGCACGAAUUUUUUUUCAAACUUUCUUGGUGUACGAAUUUUUCUCUUUCUAUUUCCCCUGCGCGAUUUUUUUUAUCCCCCCCCCCCCAUCACUUUUCUAAUGGUCCGCCCCUAAGCGGCCUGCUUUGGGCCAUUCUGGUAUCCCAAAUUAUUCUGACAAGUAAAUUUUCGAGUCUAGCUGUUUCACAAGCCAUUUAUAUCUGAUAUACAACACGGCACCCAUGUUGUAAAUGGUUCUUGUUGUUUCUUAAGGAAUUGGUUCUACUUGGAUUGCUCUAUGGUUUGUUUCAGCAGUAUAUUUCCUUUGAUCAAAGGUAAGCAUAUAGUUUCUACUUAUUUCUCAAGUAUUACUCUAGCUAUCCCUUACCCCAUUGAAGUUUUUAUCAAUGAACCCUUAAAAUAAUCAUUGAUUGCCAUCCUAUUUUCUGACGUAGAUUCUUGCACUUCACUUGGUGGAAUUAAUAUUAGAAUGUUAGGGUUUGGAAUCCAAGUGAGAAUAUAUACAUUUUAAGACCUAACUUGUGCUGCAUUUUUCGCAGUCGUUCCUGGUUAGGUCUUAAAAUGUAUAUAUUCUCACUUGGAUUCCAAACCCUAACAUUCUAACAUCCUAUUUUCUGCCCUUCUUGUAUUUCAGUUUUCGUGAGAAACUUUGGGCUGAUGUGGAUUUAAUUAGUGCCAACCGCGAGGUAAGAGACAAUUACGGGAAAAAAUUUAAUUUUCCAAUAACGGUGUUUAAUUAAAUAUUUACCCCGGCUGAAACUAUUCGUGACAAAACUUUUACCAUUGUUGAUUGUUAUAAAUCCCCCCAAAAGUAAUUUAGUAAAGACCUCGAUUUAAUGGUAUUUUAAUUUUCCCUGUGAAUCUGAGAGGCGUCAGCCAAGGACAGCUUUUAAAAUUUAGAUUUUCAAUAGCCUCCUCCACAGAACAUUUUGCCCGAUAAUCGAAAGGCGAUGCCUGCGGAGGAGGCUAGAUUUUCAAUUUGUUCCCCAUAGGUUGAGAGCGACUGGCAACAAUGUUUGAGGUUACCAGAACGAAUCCAGGAAUGGCAAGCCUACAAGGAUAUGAAAUCAUAUAUCAAAGAAUAUCUUGAUGUUUUUCCAAUAUUACAUAAACUUGCAUCGAAGGUAAGUUUAAGAUAUUUUACAGGGUGCGAAUUAAGAUUUUUUCUGGCCUACAAUGAAUUUUAAAAACUGUAUACAUACAAAUUUCAAUUUUGACCUAUAAAAGGUUUCUAAUUAGUUUUAGUAGUUUUGUUUUGCGAUGAAAGUUAGUUUUUUGUUUCUCUUUCGCUGCUAAGAAAAGUAUCUGAACUACACAGAUAUUUUAUCUUUUGAUGGAUUAUUCCUCUGUUUUGCAUGUUUAAAACGCAAAAUUUUCAGAUGGAUUAAACUAUCCUUUCUUUCCCUAGUUUGUUAAGAUGGUUCAUCAUGUUGUAAUAAGGAACUUUUACAAUACUGUACUUAUGGAUUUAUUUUUCAGGAAAUUCGUAACCGCCAUUGGCUGCAAGUUAUGAGUGUGACCGGCUCCUCUUUUCAACUUGAAGCAAAUGUAUUUAAAUUGAAGUAUCUUCUUGAUAUUGAAUUGAUCAAGUAAGGAACGUCCUAUGUAAUAUAUCAUACACAAGGAGCCAGCCUGGCAUGAUGAUUGCAUGGUGUCAGGUUACAGAUAGUUUAGAAACAAACCACAAAAGCUUAUGGUAGAAUACUACCUAUAUGUGAUGCCACAUUUGAGAUAUCUUUUUCAGAUAGUUCAGAAACAAACCACAAAAGCUUAUGGUAGAAUACUACCUAUACAUGUAAUGCUAUAUUUGAGAUAUCUUUUUCAGAUAGUUCAGAAACAAACCACAAAAGAUUAUGGUAGAAUACUACCUAUAUGUGCCGCAUUUGAGAUAUCUUUUUCAGAUAGUUCAGAAACAAACCACAAAAGCUUAUGGUAGAACACAACCUACACAAGAUGCCACAUUUGAGAUAUCUUUUUCAGAUAGUUCAGAAACAAACCACUACAGAGUACCCCUAACUUCGCAUCUGGUACAAAACAAAUGAUGCAUCUAUAAUAUAUUUUUCAAUCUUAUGUAGUCACCAGGAUGAGAUCAAAGACAUCUGCAGCAGUGCCAGUCGUGAACUGGAACUUGAGGUGAAAAUGAGAAGUACUGAAGAAGAGUGGACCGAACAGGUGAGAUUGACCAUCUUUAAAAAGCCAGAGAUUACUACCGUGUAGUUAGCUACUGGUAAUUAUUUAUGGCUGGGGGUGGCACCAAAGAGAAAAGGGUUGGGUAAACAAAAUUUUGAUUGAGUAUAAAAGGUUGGGUAAAUGAAAAACAAAACAACUCAAGGGUUGGGUGACAAAAAUUUAUUGUAAUUUCCAAAGCAUGAGUAACUCAAAUAUUGAAGACUAGAAAGCAAUGUCCACAAUACAAUCAGAGUCACUAUGUUGAUCAUUUUCCGAUCUGUCAGGAGGCAAAUGGUGUCUCCAAAGAAAAUACAUGUGCAGACAACAUGAAACUUUAGACUGCAGAAAAAUGCACAAGCAGUUAUCAAACGAUUUCACAGAAGUGGUAAAGGACAUGUGUGACAACUGCAUGAAUGGUAUCCUUUUGUAACGUUUUUGGCCAGGAGUGGGUAUUUAUUUCUUUUUAUUGAUAUUUGUGUUUGGGUAAAAUUUUUUUUACUUUUUAAUGGUUGGAUCAGAAAAAACCCUUUUUCUUUGGAUCAGAAAAAAAACCAUUUCUCUUUGGUGCCACCCCCGCCAUGAAUAAGGACUGGUCCCUAAACUAUGUUUUGCACUAUCCCAUUUAGUUCAUCUAUUCAAAGUAUAUGUUAUCUUUUUUUGUUUCAUGUAGGUUCUACAGUUUGAGAAAUUCAAAGAUGGUGCCAUGUACUGUCUGAGUAACCAACAUACAGAAGGUUUACUGGAGCUCCUUGAAGACGCACAAAGCUCUCUGGCCAUGAUGUUAACUUCGAAAUAUAUCGGACCACUUCAACAUGAAGCUGCAGCCUGGGCCAUGAAAUUGAAAGAAAUUAGCGAAGUUCUUGAGCAGGUAGAGAGAAAAUGUGUUUGCUGUAAAUAACAUUGUUAACACAGUAUCAGCAUAUAGCCUUUAUGCAGAUCAUAUGUAUGUGCAAACCGUACCUAAUUAACUAGAGGUUUUCUAUUGUGUAAAUUUUAUAUAUUUAUUAGAUCUAACCGGGAACAGUUACGAACAAUGUAACUAUAGCUGCAAUAUUCUAAGGUUGACACUUGUACUCUCAUUAAGAUUUGCGCGCUUAGAGUUCAAGGUUUAGAGUUUAAGGUUUGCAAAGGACAACCUUCUUUAAAUUAGCUGUAUAUACACUAAUGUGAUGCUAGUGUAAGGUGUAUGGGUAAAUAUCAGCGUUUUGGGCAUUUACUGAUAUUUCACCGUACAGAUCAGAGUAGUUCCAUUAUUCUAAAGAAUAUGUUUUUUUAGUGGCUUGCUGUUCAAGAUUUUUGGCGUUACUUAGAAGCUGUGUUUAGUAACCCAAUUACAGCCAAGGAGCUUCCACACGAAUUUGCAAGAUUUGCUCGAGUUGAUAAAAGUUACAUGAAGAUGACAAAACGCGCUCAUGACACAAAGAAUGUCUUGCAGGUAACAAUAAAUAUUCCACCGAAACUAUUUCUCAACGUUUUGAAUGUUUCUAGGGAUGAACCGGGUGUCAUAUCUGCCCGGAUAGUCAGAUAAUCUCAUUAUCUUCUAUCUGCCCGGAUACCAGUUAUUGUUUAUUCAGUGUUCAGGCCUCCUUUUAAAGGCAAAAAUGAGGUUAGGGUAAAACGCGGAUGCGGACAGUCAGAGAGCGGACGGACGGAUGAGAGGGUAAAAUGCGGACGGACGAACGAGUGAUUUUCACUUGAAAUGAUCGUAGAGAAGCUGGCAAUAUUUUCAAGAUUUUUCAUGCUUGCUUGGAAAUGCCAAAAAAAUGAGUUUGAAAUUUGAAGGCUUUCCAACCACGCAUGUUUAUCGAUGUUGAACUGCAAAGUCUAUCCGGUACUCCCCUACCUAUAACAUAUUAAUUUUGUAUCUUCCUUCUUCUUCAGUGUUGCGUUGGAGGAGAUGUUCCUAAAAUUCAGGUGUUGAAACAUCUUUAUGAGGAAUUGGAGAUUUGUUUUAAAUCACUACAGGCUUAUCUCAAUGCUAGGCGAAAGGUACUGCAAAAUUUAAGCUAACUAUGUCACGUGUGGCUAUAAAGUAUGCCGGAUUUUAGCAUACCUUGUAGCCACAGUUUGCGUCUACAAAGUAUGCCUGUUUUCGGCAUACCGUACAGCCACGGUUUGCGGCCAUUUUAUAGCCACAGUAAACGGCAAACCUUAUAACCACUGCUGCAGCUAAAACACUGAAUGAUUUGAUGUACUUUAAAACACACUCUAUCAAUCCUAUGUUCUAGGUUUUCCCAAGAUUUUAUUUCGUAUCAGACCUUGUCCUCCUUGCCAUACUCAGUCAACCAUACACACUGGAUUCUGUCAAACCUCAUCUCAAGUAAGUUAGAAUUACUGUAUCUUAAGGUCGGUUCAAAAGUUUUCCACUUACCCCCCUCUCCCCAAAUUUUCAUCGGCUUGUAAUAAAUCUAAAACUACACUCAGCGCCAUUGGCCUUCCAGCGAGAACAGUUGAAACAUAAACUGCAUGGUAGAGUUGUACGUUUAGUUUAGUUAAGUUUAGAAGACAGACUAGUCUGGUUCUCAAUAGUAAGAAACUUGGUAUAAAUCAGAUGUGAAGUAACAUGUCUUUAAUAUCUCCAUCAGGUCAUUAUUCGUUGGUUUGACUGACAUAACAUUAACACCACGUCCUGACGGUGUCAAAAGUGCUUGGAAUAUGGCUGUACUGAAUGUCAAGAAAACGAUAAAGGUACAAAUCUUUAUAGCAAUGUAACGUAAACCUAAUUGAGAUAACAUGAUCAGAUUCUAAGAUAAAUUUUAGAUUCCAAUUUACAGAUAUUUACAGAUGAUAUCUAUGUUGGUCUUGUUUGACAUUUUUUUCUUCUGAAUCAUUUUUCAGGAGGACGAGGAACAACCAACCAGUAACCUGAUCAUACCACCGUAUAGAAAAGUAUCUCAGAACUUGCAAUCAGAGCACGACUUAAGUCGUGCAAUCAGUCGAAAUCUGUCCACGUGUGUCUCGUCAUCAUCAUAUAAUGAAUGGAGAAUCGUAUUAAGUGAUGCUGUUGCUGUGACCUCUGAGAAAGGAGAGACUUUAGAAUUAAAGAAAGAGGUACUGGCAGACCUUGCAUUUUGAUGCGCGCUACAGUGGCAUAACGGAGGAAGAGGGGAGGGGGGCUUCGGCAUAUUGUUGUGGGGCCCCUGUUGACUGUUGUCAUUGUUUGAUUGAGAUAUUAUAUUUAUAUUGAAUAUUUAUAGAAUUUUCCGGAAAAUUCCCUGUCUAUUUAACAAUAUCAAUAACAGUCUCCAACACAAGUAACAACUAAUAAGAAUAACUUUUGUUUCAUUUGAGAUGGAAUAAAAAAAUCAGCUACCGUUGUCGACGGAGGCCUUAUUAUUUAGCAUUAUUAAUUUUCAAUUUUCCCAUUUAUUCUUAACCUGCAUUUUUUACGUUUCCUAAUUUCUGGGCGAUAGGCCGUGGCUGAUGGGGCCCCUAACUGUUGGGGACCCUUAGUUUUUAAACUAACCCUAUCCAUUGAGCGUUACGCCCAUAGAUAUCUUAUAUACACUAGAUAGUGCAUCUCUUUUAGUAAAAUUGAAGCCAAGAAUAUUCCAGCGGUUACCCCCAUUCCACUUGCUAAUAAACGCUUAAAAACAACAGUACUUUCAUAAUUUGAAUAGUUUAAAAAUGUAUUCGGAAUAGGGUUAACUUAAUGUUUCCUGUUUAAGAAAUAGAAAACAUACGAAUCUUCUCAUUUCAUGGGAACGACCUGAGACUGCAAUUACGGCUUCAAUUUUUGAAUUGCAGAAUAAUUAGAUGCACCAUCUAGUGUAUAUAAGAUAUCUAUGGUUACGCCACUAGCGCGCAAUCGCUCUGGUAUGGUUUUACUCCGUGAAAUUUGUCCUUUCAGUGAAUGUUAUUUGUUUGUGAAAACCAGGUAUUUCUUCAUGGUGGUGUUGAACUGUGGUUAAGUGAACUAUCACGUGUUCUACAAGAGACAGUGCAUGAUGCUGUAGUCAAUUGUGUAGAAGAUGCGAAGACCUUCAACUACAUUGAUGAAAUUGCACAAAAGGUACAUCGCAAAAAAUAUGAUCUUCAGUUAAUUGUAUACUUGGAAGAUUGUAGAAUUAUGUGAAAUAUGAUUGGAGUGUUGAAGAAACAAAUCGUUUGAAAUUAUGUCUCCACAGCACAGAUUUCCAUUUAAUUAUAUACUUAGGAGAUUGUAGAAUUUUGUCUGCACAAUUUUUUUGAAAUUCUCUGUCCAGUUACCUAUAACAGUAACACUUAACCAAUAAGGGGUGGCCUUUUCCGUGACCUCAAGAGAGAAUAGUUUAGAGUUGAUAGAGCUAUAUAAUAAAAGUAAUUUUAAUCCAUAUGUUUCAAAUCAGUUAAAUAACUUUUAGUAUCCACCUCAAAUCGCUUGCCUUGGUUUGUUGUACAUGUGGACAAGAGAAUGCGAGGCGGUAAGUUUCAACAAUACCAACAGGCCAAUAUUGUAAAGCCUCGCAUAAAAGAACCCGUGAAUUUUGACUUCAGGCUGAAGUGGUUCUUAUAUAAUCUUACUUCACACCAUACUUUUUUCUAUUCUGCACAUUAAUAGGGACUGUUGUUGCAUAAAACUAUUGCUAUGACACAAAAAAUGGUUUUCGUUACAUAUAUCUAAACUUAAAGUACUAUUUAAAAUAUGAGCAGCAGUGUUUUAUCAGAUUUAAAGAUACGAGGCGAAGACGAGUAUCUUUAGGUCUGAUGUGACACGCCCUGCGAAUGUUUUAAAUUGCUUCAAAUAAUUUAGUAAGUUCAUUGGCGAAGUAAUUUUCAAAAAAUACGUUGUCUAAGUUGAGAAAAUCAAAGUUAAAGUUUAUGUAAAUCAAGGGAAAUCUCUAUCACAUAUAAAGAUACGACACGCUUAUGAUUUUUCUUUGUGUUUUCCUCGUGAAUUAUUGAUGAGUUUUGAAUGGUUUCUAAAGAUUCACCAUGUAUACUAUCAAUGUAAAAACUGAACUCUUACCAUUAUUGAUUAUUAUAGAUUUUCCAUAUGGUAAAUUGGUAAAAACCAUGAUAUUUAAUAUUUACCAUUAAUGGUAUUUUCCUGUGAGCAGGAAAAAAUAAAGUACCAUUAAUGUCAAAUAUUAAACGACAUGGUUUUUACUAAUUUACCAUAUGGGAAAUCUAUAAUAACCAAUUAUGGUAAGACUUCAGUUUUUACAUCCAAAAAUCCAUCAAUGGAAAGUUCAAUUGUUUCUUUAUGUACUGUAUGUACAGUUCCAAUAAUCGUAUAUUCACCUCUUCAGGGUAUUGCUGACAUUCGCAUUGACAGAAAAGCAUUACCGAACGCAAUCCGACGUUUCUGGAGCAUUCUCAGUAGACUACCUAACAUUCUCAUCAAGGGAAGCUGGAGAAAUAUUGACCAGAACUUGACUGUGGCAAGUCAUGCCAAAUUGGAGGCUUUGUUAUCGGUAAGGUUGCACUGUAUCCUGUAAUCUUUGUUAUAAAUUGGUUGUAACUAAGCUCCCUUUUUAAAUCGUAUUUUUUGGCUUUCAGUACGGUAUGUAUUUACGAGAUAUCGUGGACGAUCUUGGAAAACGUAAACUGAGGGAUGUCACAGAUUUCGAAUGGAAACGAAACAUGAGAUUUUAUGGAAAUAUAUGUGAAGAAGGAAGUAAGUUGAUGUUGACUUUCUGUUGUGUUUAACCCAUUGAGCGCCAGCACUCAAAUCUUACAUCCCAGCUAAGAGCCUUACGCCCGUAUUCUAAAAGCUCACUCACACUCGAUGAGUGGAGGUUCAAUUUGAGCUUCUCUCGAGUGUCAAUGCUGUUUUUGAACAACUGGAGGGUGAGUGGUCCAGGCCUCGAAUUUCCCUGAAAUCAAUCGACGGCAAUGGCGUUAAAAAUUGCCUUAGAACGUAACAGCUGUCUACGGCAAUUUUGGCAGUUUCCGCGGCAUUUUUCAAUUAUUGUUACUUUGGGUUUUUGACAAGCUAGAAACAUGUCUACGUAUUUCUUUAGUGUUUUUUUUUCGAAGAAAACUGAGACUAAAAUAGUGAUUUACGCAUGAUUUGAUCAACAUCUGAAUUCAAGUUUCAAAGUAGUAAUGCACAGUGAAUAGUGGAAAAAUUGCACUAUACGGUAAAAAAUUGCUGUCGUUGCCGCAAUGAUCCACGGCAUUACGGCAAUUGCCGCGAUGAAAUUCGAGCCCUGGAGUGGUCACAUAGUAAAGUAUGACACUAACCCUCCAGGCAUUCGAAAACAGCAAUGACACUCAAGAGAAGCUCAGAUUGAACUUCCACUCAGUGAGUGUGAGUGUGAGUGUGAGUGAGCUUUUAGAAUACGGGCGUAAGACUCUGCUUGUGGUCACUCAUCUUGAUUUGACUUUCCUUCGUGUUCAGGAGAUGGCAAGCCUCAUGCAUUGCUUCAUCUGCUGGAAAAUGUCUUGGAAUAUGGCAAUGAAUUUUAUGGAUCAAGAAUGCCCAUCAUUCUUACACCAUUGACUGAAAGAUGUUUCCUCACUUUAAUAAAGGUAUGGCAAUUGCUACUAUGUACUUCAGCCAAAUAAUGUUUUCUAUUUUAACUUGUUGUGUUAUUUUUAGGCAACGACUGAGUUUCAGUGUGGUGCCAUUGUUGGUGAAAGCGGUACAGGCAAGACAGAGACAGCAAAGGUAUCUGACAAUGUAGAGAAGAACAAUUCGUUGUCUUGUGGCGUCAACAAGUUGUGUUCGCACUGCUUGCCCCAAGUUGUCAACAAGUUUGGAACAAGCUGUUAACAACCUUGUUGAUAUGAUCAGACUUGUUGCAAGGUUGUUCCAACAAGUCCGACACAGUCAUGAUAUAACAGUAUUGUUACAACCUUGUGUCGUCAACCUUGUAACAUUCUUGUUAUAUCUUGACUGUAUCAGACUUGUUAGAACAACCUUGUAACAAGUCUGAAAUUGCCAUCAAGCUUGUUACAAGUUGUUAUAACAGCUUGUUCCAAACUUGUUACGACAAUUGGGAACAAGCAGUGCGAACACAACUUGUCAACAGCCUGUGAACAGAUAGAUUUGUAGCAACUUGUUUGCAGACCUUUAACAACUUGUGCGUUUUUACGUGUGUAACUCGCAUGUCUUUUAACAUUGUUUCAGGGUCUGGCUCACAUGUUGGGGCAGUAUUUUGUCAGUUUAAGUUGUACACCAAAGAUGGACUUUGGACAAGUUGCCAAAAUCUUGACUGGUCUUGCACAAGUAAGUUGUCUACACAGAUUUCCACCAGGAGGCAGAGGUUUCAUUUUCUUGGCUGGAUUUUGAGGGGAGAUGCGCACCUUCCCUGAGAUCGUUUUGCACCUCCCCUGAGAAUUUUGCACCACCCCUGAAACGUCAUGCACCUCCCCUUGGGAAAGUUUCAAUGAUAGAUCGAAGUGAAAAUUUGACAUUUUUUGGUUGCUUCAGGUCUACGCUUUGUAAGAAAGUUUUCUCUGUAAAAUUGAAACAGUGAUAGCCAUUCAUCUCUGUGUCAAGUACCUUUUAAUUCAAUGAUUCGAAAGAAACUUUGUAGUAAUUGUAAUGAAGGGCAAAAUUGAAUGAGUUGUACAGUCAUAAUUUAUUACAUUUGAACUGUAUCCAUUAUUUCUAUUAUAGGAAGGCUGUUGGGGUAUAUUGGAUGAAUUUCACCAUGCACCUCCAGCUGUGGUAUCGGUUAUUUUUCAUUAUGUACAAACUGUUAUUGAUGCUCUCAAAGUGGGGCAAACUUCAUGUUAUGUCAAUGAAGGAAAGGAGGUUAGUCAGAAUUUUACUUUAAUUGAAAAAUUUGCAAUGUUUUCUUGCGGUCCUAGAAUGUAAAAUAUUUUUUCCACCCCUGGGAACAACAGUCACAAAGAAAAAAGCGCAUACAGUAACAAGUCUGCUACUAUAGUAGCCUAAUUUUUAACCCUGAAGAUCUUUGCCAUUCACAUGUUGUACAGGACAUCACACUGGAAAAAAUUUUGAAAAUCCAUAGAAGGUCAUAGCAUGGAAAUUGUAUGGACCUUCAUUGGAAAUAGAAUGGAUUUUGGUUAUCCAUAAUAAUUGUAUAUUUCCAUUUACUAUUGAUAUAGUAUCGAAAUAGUAUGGAUAUACUAUGGAUUUAGUGGUGCAAUUGCAAAUUUCAUAGCAUGGAUUUCACUCUUUUUUCCAGCGACUUUGGUAUAUGUUUCUGAACGUUUUUCCUUCAUUUCAGAUCGUUAUUAAACCUACGUUCAAUAUCCUGGUCACAGCCACGUCAGAUAGUCAAGAUUUCACCAUGGUAACUGAACUGAAGGCAUACUUUCGUACUGUUACUAUGGUAAUGCCAGAUAUGCCACUCAUUCUGCGAGCUCACUGCGCAGGCCAGGGGUUGAAGUCUCCCAAAGUACUGGCUGAUAGAUUUACCAUGGUUGCAAAAAUUUGCCAAGCCCAAUUGUAAGUCGAUGUUUUUAACUGUAACUACCACAGUUACUCAUAGAUCAUUUUCAAAAUUACUGAAGCAUACUCGAAAUAACGGGCUGCCAAUGGCCAAAAGCAGGCCAUAUUUUAGAAAUGGCAGGCAAAAACAAAUAUGAACUGCCAAGUAAAAAAAACUGUCAGGUGAAAUUCUACAGAUAUAUUUCAUUUAAUUUGCUUACCACAACUCGUAUAUACUAGAUCAUUUAGUUGACUAAAUACGUUUAUAUUUGAAAUGUAAAAAUGGCAGGCUAGAAUGUAUUUCAUCUGCCAAAAAAUUUGGACUGGCAGGCCAUAUUUUUUCUCUACUUUGAGCCCUGGUUCACACACAGAUGGAAUGUAGCCUGGACUUGAACCAUGGCCAGAAAUCACGGAUAUGAUAUAUUCUACUCCCUUUGCUUGUGUUUAUUUUAGAAGCAGUACUACAGCAAAAAUAUUCAGUCUUUCAUCUUUAAUCUCGGUCGUUAAAACAUUGGGUGCGAUACAUCGAAGCCAAAAUACCAACAAUCAGAACAAGAUUAGCAUGAUGACAUCAGACUUUCAAAUGCGACCAACAAGUAACACAUCCAGUAAGUUACCCUUCUCAGUUCUCUUUAACCUGCUUUGCAUAGACCCUUAAGGCCCAUUUUCACACAAGGAAAUUUUCCACGGACAGAAAAUUUUCCGAAAAUAUCAUUGUUAAAAGUUCAAGUUCAAAAUCUUUUUCCGACGGAAAAUUUGUGUUGGGCAAUCACAUUUUAUAAAAUUUUCUUUCUGCGGAAAAGGAAAGUUGUUGUAAGACUGUAACUACUAUGAUUACUUCAGGAUUUAUCUUGUAUGCCUUGUCAGUGUUAAACACAUAUUGCUUCAUACAACAAAACUUUAAGACAAUUGCAAAAAAACAUUUUUGUUAUUUCCCCCUCUUAUUGUACUCUUUCUCAAAAAUAUUUGAGCCCUAGACCCAAGUUCCCACAAAAAAAACACAUUUUCACCUUUGAAUAUUAGUAUGGAAAACUAAAGAAUAAAUUACGCCCACGCUUUAGUGCUAAGGUCGUCAAAGUUUACUGGUGAUAAGGAGAAAAAAGCUGCUUCACCUUCAGGGCUGACAACAGCUGCAAAACUUGAUCAUUCUUGUGCCAUGCAAGUAUUACAGCAGUGUAUUGGACCACGUUUAUCUCAAGAGGUAUGGAUGUGAAAACUUAACUAUAUAUAUAUCUCUAAAUUGCUCUCCCUGAGGUCCAGUAUAAGGCUCUCUUUCCCAUAUUGGUCCAGUGUUCAAAGGCCCUUAUUCAGUAAUUUUGACACAUAAUGUAAUAUUUCAAAUCCGACUAUGAGGACUGGACUAGAGGACUAUUGGAGGACUAUUGGAGGAUAGACUGGACUAUUGGAGGAUAGGCUGGACUAUUGGAGGAUUUGAAAUGACAUUUCAUAUACGAAUAAAUCACUACUUAAUUAAUUUUGAUCCAGUCCUAGGACUGGUAUCCAGUAUUAUCAUGUGAGCAAAAUAAAGCAAUAUGGUUAGCUAUUCUGUUACAAUAUUCAAAUUAUUUUCUUUUAGGAUCUUGGUAUAUUUAAUAGUGUGCUACGUGAUGUGUUUAAUGGCUUGCCCCGUCUUCCCUAUGCAACUGACCAGCACAUAAUGAAUGAUCGGAGUUUUGAGUCAUUGCUAAUGAAAUAUGCUUCGGAGAAUGGCCUGGUGGCUCGACCUCAGUGGAUGGAUAAAGUUCUACAGUUAUAUCAUCUGUCUGAGAACAACCAUGGUAUGUGACUUAUUCUCAUAGCAUCAGUGACUAGCAUGACUGAUUUGCAAGACAUAACCUCUUGAAAUAUAUGAUCAUAAUGAAUGAUCAUGAGCCGCAUACAUUUUGGCUUAUUAUUCAUAUAUUGCGUAUCUGAGAACAACCAUGGUAUGUGACUCGUUCUCGUAGCAUCAGUGACUAGCAUGACUGGUUGGCAAGACAUAACCUAUUUUCAUUAGCAUCAGUGACUAACAUGACUGAUUGGCAAGACCUAACCUCUUUUUGAACAAACAUAUGACAUCUACAAUAGAGAUUACUGUAGACAGUGUUCGAAAAUUAGAAAUGUAUCGCAAAGAAUAAGAUAAUGGCAUUUCUCGUGGGCAUUAGGGUUUUACAUACUCAAUAUCAGCAUGUCGCUUUGCGAGUCCGCUUCAAACAAUAAUACUUAAAGCAAUAUUCAAUGAAGAUCCGGGUUUACGGAUCGAAAGCUUUUCAGUAAUAAAUGUACGUGGUGUUUCCACAAACAAAAGUAUUAUAAUACUUGAGGUGAUAGUUGAUUCGAGCUUCGCCCACCUCAUAGAAAUCUCGAGCUCGUAAUCUAAUUGUUAAGUAGUUAUUAAAACCAUCUCGCCAAAAUUCUUUCGUCUGUAAAUAGUGUGUAGACAUUUGUGUAGACAUUGUAACUUGUGUGUAAAUUAUGUUAGUAGUAAACCAAAUUAAAUUAUUCAAAUUAUAACCAAUCAGACCCUUGUCACAGAGUAGAAGACGCCUACUCUAACCACUGUGACAAAAGCAUCCCCACACUGGUGUUGUGCUUUUAUAGGUAUUAUAGUGGCUGGAGGCCCUGGCAGUGGAAAAACAUCUUGCAUUACGUCAUUGGUGGAGACCUUAGCUCGCUGGUCAUUGGUGAAACAUGGCAAUACUGGUGCCCAGGUUCACGCACACAAACUCCAUCGUAUCAACCCGCUUGCAGUCUCUGAUCUCUCGCUGAUGUUCGGCCAGCUGGGCCCUAAUGGCGAUUGGCUGGAUGGAAUAUUUACGUCGUACUGGAGGAAAGCAAAUAAGGAACAUAAUGUCCAUAGAACGACCACUUGGUUAUGUCUGGAUGCACCUCUUCAUCAAGGCUGGGCAGAGAAUCUCUCUAGUGUUCUGGAUAAUGGCAAGGUGAGGACCUGCCAUUAUUUAUGGGGGGGGCGGAAGUGAAAAGUUUUUCUUGGUAAAAAUUUGCUGAUCCAACCAUUAAAAAGUUAAAACAAAUUUUUAACCAACCUCGAAUAUCAAUUAAAAAACCCAUCCCUGGCCAAAAACUUUACAAAAGGAUACUAUUCAGUUGUCACACAUGUCUUUUAACACUUCUGUGACAUGAGUUUGAUAACGACUUGUGCAAUUUCCUGUAGUCUAAAGUUUCAUGUUGUCUUGCACAUGUACUUUCUUUGGAGACACCAUCUGUUUGCUGAGAAAUCGGAAAAUGAUCAAGAUGGUGACUCUGAUUAAUUUACAUAUUGUAUUGACAUAUGACUGUUGACAUUGCUUUUUAGUCUUCAAUAUUUGAGUGAAUCAUACUUUGGAAAUGACAAUAAAUUUUUAUUACUCAACCCUUGAGUUGUGUUGUUUUUCAUUUACCCAACCUUUUACUCACUCAAACUUUUUAUUUUAACUAAUUCUCGGGAGUCUAUAUCAAACUGAACACACAUCUAUCCUAUAUAUACAUAAAUUGAUUUUGAUUUUUAGUAUCUGACUUUGGAGAACUGUGAGCGACUUCACUUAGCUGAUGACGUCAGAAUCGUAUUUGAAACGGAUGAUUUGGAAAAUGCUUCACCUGCUAUCUUAUCUAGAACGGUAUGUUGAUCUGUCAAUGUUUGGGAGAGUCAUAUUUGCAGCAUACCUAAUUCCUGUAUCUUAUUCCCAGGCAAUGGUAUUUAUGGACGAUGAUGUACUAGGUUGGCAGCCCCUGGCUGAAGCUUGGUUGAAUGAAAGAAGUUCAGCCAUGGAACGAAAAGUAAGUCUUAGAGCUAUGUUUGUGGAACCCGUUAUUGGGGAUUUUAUCUCUGUGUGGUCAUUCCAGCCAUUGUGUGUAAUUUAUAGUUAGUUUAUAUCUUUAAUAAUGGCAAAUUUGUAAAAAAAAAAAUAAAUUAAAAAUUAUGUUUAACUGGCAAAUAGAGUAAGUGAUAUAAUUAUUGUGCAAACUCUUCAGGCAUUUGUGGAAAAAAUAAUGUAUUUUAAGAGGAGAUUUUUUUGUAUGUUACGUAACACGCGCUCAAAACUAAUGAAGUGAAUAUACUUUUCUUCUUGGUUUUGACUAUAUUUCGAUUUUUAAAUUUUCGAUACGUUUCUCAAGCGGCAAACAAAUUUAAAAAGUAUGUGUAGUGCUUUAUCUGCAAAAUUAAGCUAAAAUGAAGAUAUUUUAGAUGGUACGCCAGAGAGAAACUGAUGUCUGAAGUUCAGUAAGUUUUGCUUAUAUUGCUGUAAAUCAUGGCGUCACUUUUAAACCAUCAAUGAUAAUUGUAUUUUAAUGGACACCUUGCAUGUUAGACUAAAUUUUAAUCUAAGUAAAGAGAAGGGAAUCAAACAUCACAGCUACAAAGAACAUAAUUAAAUGAGUAAAUUGCAAAAUUUGGUUGCAAAAUGUUGUAAAAUACAGAAAAUAUAGCCUUGCGAAGUUUGCAUAUUUUCAGUAUGUUUAUAUUACGUGCGGAAAUUGUUCCCAUUUUCGGCGUAAUACAAACAUACUGAAAAUAUGCAAACUUCGCAAGGCUAUAUUUUCUGUAUUUUACAACAUUUCGCAACCAAAUUUUGCAAUUUUACUGAUUUUAAUAAGUUCUUUACGGGAAUUUACUUUUUUUGCCUAAAUUAAAAAUUAGUCUAACAUGCAAGUUGUCUAUUGGAAAUGAUUUCCUAUUAUUUUAUGUUUCUCAAUCGGAAAAUGCAUUCAAAAAGUUGCUAACUGUAUAAACUAGAGAAUAAAGCUAAAACAAAGUAAUUUUGAGGGGAAUGCCAAAAAUAUUUUCGGUUUUGAACACUUUUCAUCACAAAUAAAUAAACGUGAAAAAAAUUGCUUUUUAACAUGUUGUCUUUUUCUUAUAGUGUCUCCAAAAGGCCUUCAACAACACGCUUGACCCCAUGUCUCAUUUUGUGCUUCACGAUUCAAAGUAA